UGUGUAGAUGUAUAUUAAUUUCGAGUGCGAGUUCCGGCGUAGAACGAUUAGCACGACGGACUAUGUGCAGUAGCGAAUCCACGUGUACAUUUGCUUUCAGAUAAGAGCGUCCGGGGAUAAUGAGCGCAGUUUUAUCGGAAUACUUAACCGAACGUUGUAUAUAGUGCUUCUCCGUUUGCAGUAUAACAGUGAUUAAAGAGAGUAUAUCUUAAAAGCGAACGUGUAUUGCAUAUAACAUAUACUACGUAAACAUGUUUGUGUUACUAUAAAAAACAAAAUGAAUGACACGCAUACAAAACUCAAUUAGGACGCCAGCCGGUGCAUAUCACUGACAUUGACGUUGGAGGCUCUAUAAUUUGGAUAACGAGGAAGAAAGAUCAAAAUGCAAAGAGGAUCAUAUUCUCGUUAACGGCAAAAAAGCGCUUGAAUUGGAACGGAAUGGCCAUGUCGUGGCCAUAUGCGACAAGUGCCUCACCAUCCUCCUCGAUUACAAUCUUCAUGAUGACAACACGAUUAACGCCACUGGCAUUAAUAACAAAUUACACGGAAGUCAAUGACUCUAGCAAUAUCACGAAAGAUAUCAACGAAGAGGAGGAGGAGUAUACGCCGUACAGCGACCGACCGGAAACAUAUAUAGUACCGAUCGUCUUUCUUUUGAUCCUGCUAAUCGGCCUGACUGGAAAUGGCGUGCUCGCUCUUACGAUCCUUCGACACACAAACAUGAGGAACGUACCAAAUACGUAUGUUCUCUCGCUGGCACUUGGGGAUUUACUGGUAAUAGUAACAUGCAUCCCAUUCACCUUUACCGUCUACAUUUUGGAUUCCUGGCCUUUCGGAUUAGUACUAUGCAAACUUUCCGAGUGUGCGAAGGACAUAUCUAUCGGAGUUUCCGUUUUCACUCUAACUGCCCUCUCAGCAGACAGAUUUUUCGCAAUCGUGGAUCCUAUGCGAAAAUUGCAUGUCACAGGUAGUGGAAGACGAGCAACACGCUUCACCGCAAUCGUUGCGGUACUAAUUUGGGUCUUGGCUAUAAUAUGCGCGAUCCCGGCUACCUUUUCGUACAUCAGAGUCUUCAGGGUUAACCCAAACAUAAGCUUUUGCGUAUGUUACCCGUUCCCCGAGGAAUUUGGACCAAACUAUCCAAAGGUGAUACUGAUAUGUCGCUUUUUCAUCUACUACCUUAUACCUCUCAGCAUCAUUGCCGUUUUCUAUAUGUUGAUGGCCAGACAUCUUAUGCGCAGUACGAGAAAUAUACUCGGCGAGAUGCAAGGCCAGGUGAAGCAAAUACAAGCCCGUAAAAAGGUAGCAAAAAUGGUAAUGGCUUUUGUCAUUGUGUUUGCAGUUUGCUUUUUCCCACAACAUGUUUUCAUGUUGUGGUUUUAUAUUCACCCAACUGCACAAAAGGAUUACAAUGCCUUUUGGCACUACUUUCGUAUUUUGGGUUUCUGCCUUGCCUUCACCAACAGUUGCAUCAACCCUAUCGCUCUCUACUGCGUGAGUGGUACUUUCAGAAAGUACUUUGACAGAUACUUGUUGUGUUGCGCUACAAAGAGGAUGCGAAGACGACAUCGACGAUCGUCAGAUCUAAGUUCGCGCGGACGAGGGCAAAGUUUUUCACUUGUCAGUUCAAGAAAAUACUUGGGCGAUUCUCGCCGAGAACAACGAAGUGUAAUGCGCCUCUCUAUGAUGGCGGGUGAUAUACGAUCGACAACUCCGAUUAAAGAGCAAGAAACUACUAUCACUCUGUCGGCGUAUCCAAAUGGCAUUGAUGAAUCAUUAAGAAAUCAACGAGCACCGACAGAAUCGACCGUACACGAUCGAUUAGUUACUUAAAGAAUAUAUCAACGUCAUAUUUCUUCGUAUAAUCGUUUAUAUAAAAUAAUUUUGGUGUCAUUUAAUAUUGAUUAAGUAAAUAUAUAUUUUAAUGAUGUGUCUUCUCACAAUUCAAGCUUUAGAUUGCUGAUUCCUGAUAUAUUUAAUCGUUGCAUUUGAAGGAAAAAGUAAUAAAAAUUUUCAUAUACCCGUUACGAGUAAUUAAAAUCGUUAAUAUUUGGGUGAUUUUGUUGUCAUAUUUAAAAAACAUGCUUAAUUGGCGUAAUUUAGAAUAAUCGCAAUAAAUACAUGAUGACAGAGUACACAAAAGUGGUAUAGUUGUACCACUUUUAUACUUUUACAUUAACGGCAUUUAAUAAAGGUUUGAUAAUGUUUAAUAUGCCAUCAAGUGUUUAUUGGAAUGUCACGUAAAUAAAUUUCUGUUUCGAUACAUUUAUAUUUAUCGUGUACAAAGAAUCAUAUUUGAAUUUAAGACAUUAAUAAUAAUAGAAUUAGCGAUAAUAAACGAUAAACGAAAUCAAAUAAAUUGACUUCGUGCUUUUAUGGAAAAUUUUAGCAUGUAUCGUCCGACCAAUAAAUAUUACAUUCCGCCGAAUAAGUUACAGUAUUAAAAGUUAUGAACGAAUGUAUACUGCUAUUUGUAUAGAAAAAUAAAUAUGUAGAAAUCAAAGUUAUUAUAAAAUAAUUCACAUCAUUGUAAAGAUAGCGUAAUGGAAAAAGAAUUAUUUACAAAUUGAUGGAGCGAUAAAAUAUGAUCUCGAUUGUACAUGGAAAAAAUAAAGAAUUCUGCAUCGGCAACCGAAU